AUGUUCUUUGCCCUGUUCCUGGUCAUGUAUCUGACCAUGGUGCUGGGGAUCCUACACAUCAUCCUGCUCAUCAUCCUGGGGCCUUGCCUCCACACCCCCAUAUACUUCCUCCUCAGCCACUUGCCCCUCACAGACAUCUCUUUUUCAUCUGUCAUUGCCACUAAGAUGCUGAUGGACAUUCUUGAAAAUUUCCUUCUCACAGUGAUGGCUUAUGACAGGUGUGUGGCCCUUUGUCAGCCUCUCCACUGUAGCACCAUCAUGAAGCAGGAACUGUGUGUCUCCUUAGUAGCUGGGUCCUGGUUAGUCUGUUGUACCCACACCCUGCUGCAUACCCUCCACUUGGUCCAGCUUAUCUUCUUUGUGGAUAAUAUCAUCCCCCACUUCUUCUGUGACCUCAUUUCCCUCCUGAAGUUGAGCUAUUCAGAUCCUUCCCUCAAUGAGCUGGUCAUCUUUACUGCCAGUGGAAUGCUUUUCAUCCUGCCUUUGAGUAGUUUCCUGGGCUUGUAUAUUCAUAUGGGAACCACAGUUCUGAGUGUCUCUUCCACCAAGAGUCCCUUUAAAGUUUCUUCCACCUAUGGCUCCCAUCUCUGUGGUGUCUAUACUGAGGGACACUUGCUAGUGUUUCCUUGUUCUCCUCAUUAUGGGACUCCAAUGACAAAACAUACUUGCUUCUGUCAUGUAUCCAAUAGUUACUCCCAUGCUUAA